AGUUUCGCUUGGGCUCUGCGUCGCCCGCUCUCCGGUGGGCAGCACUGCUGGGAGCUUUCUGCUGCUCCUUGCAGCUGGUGACAUAAUCUGCACUGCUCAGUUUCCACUUCCAGCCAAAGCAGGCCAGGCUGCUUCCUUGUCACCUGCUGGCACUGGCUGCGCCACCCCUCCGCCCCGGGCCAGGCAGGCAUGGGAACUUCCCACGCAGGGAAGAAAUGGAAACCGAAUCCGAUGCCCCUGCCCCAGCCAAGGAGUGAUCCCCGGCUUCCAGCAGCAGCCCACACUGGCCCCUCCCUUGUCACCCAGCUCGGCCUUUGCAGUUUCGUUUCUCUAGUGAAUGGAAAAUGAAACUUAGCAGAUCAAAACCGGAGAAAUCCUUAGCUCUGCUGCUGCCAGUUAAGGUGGCCUUAGGGAGCAGCUCCAAAGUGCUAGCCCAGGUGCUUCUCUGCCCUGGCUCCCGCACUGGGGUGUACUAUAGGUGCCCACCUCUCCCAAAUCCUGCUGUUCUUCCUUCAGCCAGGCUUGAAAAUGCCCCUCAGCCAGUGGGCGGGUAGUCGCUGUCAGGGUCAAGGGGGAACCUCACCACCACUUAACCAGCCCUUUCAUAAAGGAAGGGGCCGGCCUGGCAGGCUUGCUGCUGGAGACGAAGCACCUCUGCCAGCAAAGCAUCGGGUCUUGCUUUAAAAAUGGCCAGGGAUGGAGAAGCCACCAGCCCCCUUGGAAAGUUGUUCCAAUGGUUAAUUACCCUCCCUGUUAAUUACUCUCCCUGGGGCAGUUACCAGAGAGUCCCUGUGUCCCAGCCUGAGAGCAUGAAACUGACAUGGACGAGUUCAGGUUUCAGAGUAGCAGCCCUGUUAGUCUGUAUCCGCAAAAAGAACAGGAGUACUUGUGGCACCUUCAAGACUAACAAAUUUAUUUGAGCAUAAGCUUUCGUGGGCUACUGUGUCGCUCUCAGGCAGGGUCGGGCAGAUAGACACUCAGGUUAGGGGCUGGCAUGAAGGACAGCACCCCAAGCAUGGCCUGAGGGCAGCCCCCUCCUAGGAAUCCCUGAAGCUGGGGAUGGGGGAAGUGCAUUGGGCUGCCCCUGGAAUUGGGGAUGAGGACCAGCCCCCAGGCUUCUCUCCUGGCCCAUGCCCAGCAGGUGUCUGGUGGACAGUUCCAGUCCUGUAGCCCAGGCCACCUUAACAAGCUCAGUCUGACGCCAUCCACAGGGGAGGAGAUCAGCAAGGCUGGGCUGUGCCCGAGUGGCUUAAAAGCAGCAGCAGCAGAGGAAGGCAGGGACAGGGAGCAAAGCAGCAGAGAUGGAGCUGUACCAGGUGUCCGCGGGCUCACUGGAUGCCUGGAUUGCGGAGCAUCUCCAGCCCAGCGAGGAAUUCCAGCUGCAGGUGAAAGACACUGUCCGGAGGAUUUGUGAUUUCCUGAAGGAGACGUGCUUUGACGACAUCAAGGUGUUCAAGACGGUGAUGGUGAGUCUGCUCUGGACCAGCUGCCGGUGUGAAAGAGCUUGUCAGGGCUCCUUUGGUGCAGGCAAAAGCCUGGGCGCCUACGCUGUGAUCAGGGGAAGCCAAAACCCCCAGCUGGACAGGCCAAGGGAUGCCGAACGGGGCUGCCACUUACAGCUGGCUACAGGGGGUCAUUAUCCCAAAUCCACCCUGUGCAGGAUCUAUGCCUGGGAGAGCGCCACCAAAGGGGCGGAGAACUUCAGCACAUCCGAGGGGUUCCGCAUGGUGAUGGAGCUGCUGUGCCGGUACCAAGAGCUCUGCGUCUACUGGACCGAGUUCUACGAUCUCCAGUCCUCCGUGAUAGGGCCCCAUGUCAAACAGCUGCUGCGGGAGCCGUGCCCCGUGAUCCUGGAUCCAGCCGACCCGACGGGAAUCUUGGGGCAGGGAAAGAGCUGGGACCUGCUGGCAAGAGAAGCCGCCGUGUGCCAGGACCAGCUGUGCUGUAGGAACGGCCUCGCCCCCAUCCGCUGCCGGGACGUGCAGCUACCGACGCCUCGCAGGGCCCCUUCCCACCCCCACCAGUGCUGGGAGAUUCCCCUCCCCUCACAGCCAGCACUCCUGCCCUACACGCAAGGUCUCGCCCUGCCGGAGCCUGGCCUGGGAAACCAGCUGCUGCUGGAUGAUCAGACCCUGGCAUCACACGGCAUCUUCUACGACACCACGGUUCAGAUGCUCACGAUCGAGCCCCAGGAGAUGGAGAUCUUCGUGAAAGACCAUAACAGCAGAACCAUCCUCUAUGGCGUCCGCGCCAGUGACACCGUCCUGGGCCUGAAGAAGAAGAUUGAGGAUCGCACGGGUGUCUCCGCCAGCCAAGAGCACCUGACGUUCAACAGCAAAGAGCUGCAAGACGACUACACGCUCGCCCAUUACAGGAUCCGGAGCAAGAGCACGGUCUACCUGCUUUUGCGCUUCAGGGGUGGGUAAGAUGUACACUGGGACCUGCACCCCGGCAGAGAGAGCAUCACAGUGGACUAUAUUUCCCAAGAUUCUUUGCAUGAUAAUUCAGGGCUUUGCUAAUGCCCCCCACGUUCCAGAAUCAGCACCGCGUCCUUCUGUAGUGCCACCCCAUCCCCACGCCUCCUGUUGCAGCUCCUGGGAGCUCUUUCCUGCCGCUCCAUGGCCCGUUUCAGGAUGUACUGCCCCCAGUGCAGAGCUGGGUGCUGGGCACCCACGAGACAUUGUUCAUUAGUCCCCUUCCUCCUCCCUGUCCUCGUAGGCUGAGUCUUAGAACCGGAUCCCAAAAUGCCACCCUCUCGGCUUGAGGCUGGCAACAGAGGCUGCCUAUGAGGGGAAGAGCCCAGCUGGGCCCCAUUGUGAUUCCAGGCCUAAGGCCAAUGUGGAUAGGUUGGGAGAGCCACCUGGGGUGUGGGUCUCAGGAGCCACGGGGCAGGGUACCAAGCUACUGCCCCCAGAGGUUGGGGUAGGAACAGCUGGUUGAUAUUUUAGCAGCACCCUGAGGGCUCGCCAAAGACCCUUAUCCUGCUGCCAGGCCUCUGCCACUUACUGUGUGGGUGACUGGGCCCCAAUGCGGGCUCCAGCCGGUAGUGGAGGGGGAGACAGUGAGGAUGUGGCAGAUGAAGGAGGGAUGUGGGGGCCAUGGGGGACAUUCAUACACCCCUAUCCAUGCCCCCAUUGAUGCCCACACAAAGGGUUAAUUAUAUGGGGGAAAUAUCUCUGUCCAGCCUGCUGCCCCCAACACUUAGCAGAGAGAAUGAGCAGCCAACGGCAGGUGCAAUGCCAGGAUCAGCCAGCAGGGGGAGGCAAAGGGAAGCAUCCAGCUUCCCUCCUGUGCCUGACUGUGCACACAGCAGCACUGGCUGCAUCAAGGGCGGGGGGCUCACUCUGUAGCAUGGCCCCCCACAUGUGCUAUAAUGUAUAUUCUGCUUACUGUAUUUUUCACUCCAUGCAUCUGAUGAAGUGGGUUCUAACCCACGAAAGCUUAUGCCCAAAUAAAUUUGUUUGUGUCUAAGG